AUGGAGCCAUUUGACAAUAAGAUAGAUGUUUACCUAAAAUCUCUUGAAAACAUCUUUGAUCAAGAGCAAGAUACCCAGAGGGAAAAAGCGCGAGCACUCCUUGAUAACAUCGGUCCCAUCGGGGCACGUGGGCUUUCUGGGUUCCCUGUGUUUAAGGGAAGUGAUCGCACACUUGCUAAAAAGUGGAAUAAAACACGUAAAUUGUGUAAUUCAAGUGGGACAACAAUUAACAUUAAUCAUUCAGUUUCCGCAAUAAAUGGAAUACGUGGAAUGAUCAAUAAUAACUUCAUAUCAAGUCCCAAUGAUCAACAACCCAAUCAGUUUAAUAAGAAACUGCAAAAAUUAGAGGCCACAGAUGAAUGUAAAUAUGCUCCGCAAAUCAAUGAUGAUGAUGAUGAAAUGGAUAAAGAAAUGUGUGAAUCAAGCAUGCUAGAGUUCGAACAUACAUAUCAAGGAAUGCAAAAGGAAAAAAAGUGGGGUUUGAAAUCAGGAAAAUGUGUUGAAGACAAGUUGUAUGCCUUUGGAAAACAAUGCCGAUUUGAACAUUUGGCACAUUCUUUUAUUAUUAAUCCCAAUGAUGAUCAAAACAAAUUUAAAAUCCAUACGCAAAACGAAGAACUUGCUAAAUCGGAAGUUGAACUCGAAGAGAUUCGUGACACAGAAUCGAAAGACUUUCCUAAGAUGCCGACCGAAUUAUUGAAAUUUAUUAGUUCUUUCUGA